AUGCCAUGAACCAUUACACCCCCAUGCACGCACGCAAACAUAAAAAGCCUCAAUCAUAACCUCCUAAAGCCCCCCCCUCUUCUCUCCAUUUCCAAACCCAACUACUUCAGUAUCAAAACAACAGAAAUAUAUACAUAUAUAGAUAGAGAGAGAGUUUGUGUACCUGUAAGCACCGUUUAGCUAUGAAAGUUCCGUUCACCACACCCAAAAACCACCAAGCAUCCCACCCCAAACCACUCUAUCGCAACAAUACGGUCCGGAGUACUACUGCUCCAUACGAACCCAAGUCGGUUCUUGACCUCCGCCGAAGCCCUAGCCCCGUCGCCGAUAAACCCGCCGGAAAUUCCGACUUUCCCGUCCUCUCCGACGCUUUGUUACAGUCUGACGACCCAACUCUGAUUUGGGUCGACCAUUUAUUGAAUAACUCUGAGGAUUGGAAUUCCUUGGUUAGAGAAUUGGGUUUACAUGACGAUUCCACUGUUCCUCUAUUAACUCACUCCGACUCUCAAUUCCCAAUUCUCCCCGAAUUUCCAAUUCCUCCCUCUGAUUUCGCUUUCUCUGAUACCUAUUCGAAUCCGAGUUUGAGUCUCAAUUCUAACUCUGUUGUUCCAAACAACAAUAUUAACAUUGAGUUUGACAUUGUGGACGAACUCAUUCGUGUCGCCGAUUGCUUCGAAUCGAACGAGUUACAACUCGCGCAGGUGAUAUUGGCGCGGCUCAAUCAACAGUUGCAAUCUCCGAUCGGAAAACCCCUUCUCAGGGCUGCGUUUUACUUCAAAGAAGCUCUUCAGUCUCUGCUCACCCAGUCCAACCGUCCGACUCGUUUUCGUUCUUCCUCGGAGAUCGUUCAAACCAUCAAAGCCUACAAAACUUUCUCCAACAUCUCUCCGAUCGUCAUGAUCUCCAAUUUCACUGCCAAUCAAGCGAUUCUUGAAGCCGUGGAUGGUUCGAGGCUCAUCCAUGUCAUCGACUUCGAAAUCGGACUCGGUGGACACUGGGCUUCGUUCAUGAAAGAAAUUGCGGACAGAACCGAUUCUCAAAAACCUAACCCUAGAAUUCUUCGGAUCACUGCUGUUGUUUCUGAAGAGUACGAAAAUGAGUCGAGAUUGAUCAGGGAGAAUCUGAGCCAGUUCGCUCGUGAACUGAAAAUCGGAUUUGAAAUCGACUUUUUGUUGAUUCGGACCUUCGAAUUCUUGUCGUUCAAAUCAAUCAAGUUCAUGGCCGGAGAGAAGACCGCCGUUCUCUUGUCUCCGAGUAUCUUCCGCCACAUCGGCGCCGGAUUCUUGACUGAUCUCCGGCGAAUUUCGCCGAAUGUGGUGGUGUACGUCGACGGUGAGGGGUGCAUAGACGGUGGAACGUCGUUGUUCCGUGGGAGGGUGAUCAACGGGCUUGAAUUCUACUCGACGGUAUUGGAGUCUCUGGAGGCGGCUAGUGGUGGCUGUGGCGAUUGGAUUCGUGGGAUUGAGAGGUUUCUGCUGCGGCCGAAGAUAUUUGAGGUGGUGGAAGCGGCCGGACGGCGUGCGCCGCCGUGGAGGGAGGCGUUUGGCGGCUCAGGAAUGAAAGCGGUGGCGUUGAGUCUGUUUGCUGACUUUCAAGCUGAGUGUCUGCUAAGGAAGGUGCAAGUAAAAGGGUUCCACGUGGUGAAGCGUCAGGCCGAGAUGGUGCUGUGCUGGCAUGACAGGGCAAUGGUUGCCACGUCAGCAUGGAAGUGCUAGGAUGUCAGUAAUCAGUAUCACUGUUAUUAGUAGUGUUAUUGUAUUAGGUUUGGAAAUUUAAUGUAUGUAUUCUGGGUCUUUUUUGGGUGUUUUCUAGCUUAUAUAGGUGUUUGGUUACAUAUGGACUAUGGUUUGUUUCCAAACAAAAAUGUUUGAAACUCUAUCAGGAAACAUAUGACCUUUAUUUAUUUAUGAUAUUAAUUAAUUAGGAAAUUUUGUCUCA